CUCCCUGUGUCACGUAUAGACAGAGGUCAUCUGAUGGUUUGACUAAGUUGAUUACUUCAUAACCUCUGUAGUAAAAGACGUUGUAYUUGUGUUAAAGGAAAAGGGUCGAUGAGGUGGUUGGYAUUAUUACAGGYAUAAGAACAAUUCUCUAGAAAGCCACUGUUCAUCAAUCAUGGGCGCCGAAUGGAAAAAGAAUMUUUCGUCAAUAAUAUUAUGGUUUGUCUGUUGCGCGAUGUAUCUAAGCAUUGGAAUGGUGAUCUUUGUAGCUAUCGAAGCAGAAAACACUGAUAAAAUCAUAGCAGAGAAAACCAAACUACRACAGGAUAUACGUCAAGCAAUUCAGAGCAAGAUGAACUUCAGCAAAGAAGAGUUUGACAUUUUCAUGAAGACAAUCUCCGAUGCUUAUUCYGCCGAUCCAAAAGAGUGGACCUAUCCGAGUGCUUUUGCGUUAUCUUUACAAACAAUUACUACAAUAGGAUAUGGCGUCAUCGCUCCAUUGACCACUGGUGGUCGUGUAUUCUGUAUUUUCUACUCYUUGUUUGGAAUACCGCUGGUUGCACUAUUACUGCAGGCUACRGGGAAUGCCCUAUUUGGGCUCAUUCGAUCUGCAAUUGUAAUCAUUGAAAAGAAAAUCAAGAAAACGCCAGAAGCGCAAAAUGCUGAGUUCAAAUCUUUAGUUGYCUCAUUCAUWCUACUGUGGCUUGUUAUUCUCAUUUUUGCCGCUAUCGAGGAAGAUUACUUCGAGGGARUUUAUGGGUGGUUUAUUACCUUGACAACUAUUGGCUAUGGUGACGUCAUACCAGGCAAAGGCUAUACUGCAACCUUUAUUUGGGUACGGAUCCUUUUUAUGCUGGUUGGCUUAAGUUUCACUGCUAGUAUUCUUAAUUCCUUAGGWUCCUGGAUCAGUGAAUCUCGGAACAUGAAACUGUGUAAAUGUUUUAAAUCUAGCACGAAACAGGAAUGGUCCGGUGAAGUGAAAAUGAACGAAMACACUGAAACUACAGGGACAUAUCGCAAAAACGAUGCUAUAUAGUACUGUCUAAGUUAUUUGUAUUCACAUAUGCACCAUGAGACAAUGAGGUCUGACGUCGUGCUAUCGUCCCUUUGAACCAUAUAGUUGUUGAUCUGUAUCGACCCAAAUACAUUUUUAUAUGUGGAUCCAGCCAUAAGAAAAGGUCCGAUAACACGCAAUUUACAUCCACUAAUAAAAACACAUCAAUCCCCAACAUCAAGUACAAAAAAAAGGAAAAGAAAGAAAUUAUACUAGGCAAACAAACAUAUCUUUGCUGAGGAAACAUCAAUUUUAGUGACUUGUUUUGACCAAGACAGGGAGAUUGCAUAGCAUGCUAUCCAGGAUAGGUUUAGUAUUAACGUUAACAAUGUUUAUUUUAGUGCCAGCAAGUUUGUCAGUGUCUUAUUUACAGCUUUGUGUAUUGAGGCAAUUACGUUCAUGGAACUGAAACGAUUGUAAUUUAUUUCAAAAAUAUGGACAAUUGUAUGUUCCUGUAUCACUGUAUCAUUUAAAAAUAGCUAAUAAACUACUUCCAGUGUUUCUAUGGCGUACGUGCUUAGUCAGCAUAAACUUGGAGGUUUAUAUAUUCAACAAUAAAUACAGACUCAAGAGUAACUUACUACCAAAACUUUGUAAACAAAGAUGCACCUAUAGCUAAGAAAGUGGACCCAUGCUCGGAAUCACACAUUCUGCUACAGCCCGAGUUAACGCUCACAGAGUGUCAAAUUUGGUUUUGAAAAACAACAACAACAACAACAACAACAAACUCCAGCUUUUAAAAUAGUCACGCAAAAUGAAUGCAAAUCGAAGAGAUUGAACAAAAGUUUUCAAGGUGUUGAAAGAAUUAGUUGAAAAAAAUUGAAUUUUCUAUUUUGUUCCAUAUGAACAUAUCGGGAAAACUGUGGAACCAUCAGCUCCCGAGCGGUAACUGCAAAGCUUUGACCAUAUUUUUAGCGCUAUUCUAAUGAUUGAUAAGAGUACCCACCAUAGAAAUUUUU